UGCCCGUUUUCCGAGGCUCCGUUCCUGGCCAGUGGCCCCCAUCGCUCGAUCCUCCUCGCUCUCUGAGUCUCCUCGGCUCCUCGCUCGGCCCUCCUCACCUCAAGGGGCGGCGCCCCCGUUCGUUGCGUAUUCCGCAAGUUGGUCGGCCUCCCUCCGCCGUGGGAGGGGAAAGCGGAGGAGGAAGAGGAGCCAAGCGGUUAAGCCAGCUCGGCCGCUCGCCUCCCACCCAAAUCCCCCCGGAACUACUCGAAUCCCCACCCAAGCAACACCCCGGAAAAGGCGUGAAGCGCCCGCGGUCGGGGGCCGAUGGUGGUGCGGCGGCUGGGCGGCGCGGGGCGCGCGCUGCUCACGCUCCCCAAUAUCCGGAGGCGGGCGUCCAACUCCUGGGCCGCUGUCUGCGACACCUUCUUCUCCACCAAGCAAGUGUUCGAGAACCACCGCAUCGUCUUCACCGUCGGCACCUCCAUCGCCUCCGUCCUCACGGCUUGGGCUGGCUAUUCACUUCGUCAGGUUCAUCAAUCAAGGAUUGAAAGGAGGCUUGAGUCAAUUGAAUCAUCUCUGAAGGGUAACCACAAAGUUGAACAUGAAGAGAUAAAAAAGAUUGUCACUUCCAGCAAUAUUAGCGCUCCAGCCUGUGUAGCCACGGCGAUGACCACAAUGGUUGUUGGGUACACGCUAGGAUGGCGAGGUGGUGCUUGGUAUGCUCGAAGGGCCUUCAGAAGAGAGCAACAAAAGCUGAUGAUGGGUCACAUGAAGUCACACAACAGAUGGCACUGGCGGCCCUUCAACCGGCUCAGGAACAGGCUCAGAAACAGCAGGUUAGCCUCCAAGAACAAGAGCACCAACGCCCAUCCGUCGGUGGGUCAAAGCAGCGAGGCCCCCUCAACCUCAAGCAGCGGGGCCUCUGCGGACGUUAGCAGUGCUGCUCAGUCAGCAGUGGGCAGUGCAUGAGCUAUAUAUGCAUACUACAUGGACUAGGAUGUAAACUUGAGGGCGCGUAGUCCAUAUGUCUUGCUAGAACAGAUAAUGUGACUUGUAGGUACUUAGGUCGAUCUGUGGUGGAUCAUUUUUGUAGCAUAUUAAGGUCAUAAUGCACCCAACUACAUGCGUGAAACAACUGACUGACGACAGACUACUGCUUGUGGUGUUCCGGUUGCACAAUUCCCUUGCACACUGUUAUAGAAUUGAGAAAGCCUUGUGGAGCCAGAUCGUCUCACUUACCCGUUGUACCAAUAUUGUCACAUUUACAACUGUUCGGCUGGCUAAAAAAAAGGCUGCUGAUGAUGCUAA